AUGGAGUCGUCUGUUGCAUCGCUGAUGGACCACCUUAAUGGGGUGGAGACGCGCCGUCGUGUGGUGAUGAUGAAGCGCAAAGAGGCAGAGACGAGACUCGCCUUUGCAACAGAAGAACAGCAGCAACUCGAGCAGCAGAGCGCGUUGAACGAGGCGCGCGAGGCCGAGCUCAAGAAGGAGCUGGACCACCUGCUGGAGGAGCAGCGACAGGUGCAGCUGCAGCUCAUGUCCGGCACGGACACGGUGCGCCACAGUGAAGUGGAGGAGGCGCUGCUCAUCGAGCACGUGCGGGCGCAGGCAAGCAAAGCGGAGGCCCUUGUCGCGGCAUGGCGCGGUCACGCGCAGGAGUUGGAUGAGGUGCACCAGGCAUGGGGGAAUGAUGAUGCGGCAGCCCCGCUUCAGCAGCGCAUUGCGCAUCUCGACAGCGAAGCGGCGCGUCUGUGCGGGGAGAAGGAGCAACGCGAGCGCGCCAUCACGGCAGCGUUGGAGGCGCACGCGUUGCGCGCUGCAGGUGUUGCAGCCGAUCCCGGGCAGUCAACGCCGACGGGCGAUGGCGUUGCGGCAAUCCAGCUGGGAGAGCAGCUGGGGCUCCAGCAGCGUGAGUUGGCAGAGCUGCAGGCGCAACACGCCCGGCAGCUCGCGGCGCUCGAACGCGAGGUCGCGGACCUCACGAGCCGCUCGGUGGAGUUGGCGCAGUGGCUCACCGACACUGUCGGCUCACGUGACCAAGUACUCAUGAACAUUCAGCUGCUGCAGUUGUGUUUGAGCAGUGGCAUAUGCGCGGCGUGCCGCCAAUCGUCGUGA